AUGAAUACCGAAAAGGUAGAACCGGUGAACGGUGUGGACAUGAUCGAGUACCAAGAGAAGGAGUUCUUGGCUACGGAGCCAGAACUUACCGCUGAAGAGAAGAGGCUAGAGAAACGGUUGGUCCUCAAAGCUGAUAUCCUGAUUGUGGGAAUGACAUCUCUUGUCUUUCUCGUCAAUCAAUGGGAUCGAGGAAAUAUCGGAAACGCCCGUGUGAUGGGACUUCAAAAAGAUCUCAACAUCAGCAACGAUCAAUUUUAUAACGCCGUAUCUUUAUACUACGUGGGCUAUGUCAUAUGCAUUAUUCCAGCGAACUUGUCAAUCCGUUUCUUCAAAGCUCAUCGACAGAUUGGCGGGUGUGUCAUUAUUUUCGCAACCCUAUCAUGCUGCAUGGCUGCAGCAAAGAACGAUGCUACUGUCCUUGCCCUUCGGAUUCUGUUUGGCUUUGCAUCUACCUUUCUUCAAGCUUUGACGCUAUAUACGAGCUUGUGGUACAAACGUGACGAGCUGGCCACUCGAGGUGCUGUUUUCUAUUCUGCGGCAACUAUUGCUGGUGGUUUUAGUGGCCUCAUGGCCUUUGCCAUUCAGAAGAACUUGGAUGGUGCCCUGGGCCAUGCUGCAUGGCAAUGGUUGUUCAUCAUUCAAGGAUGUGCCGGCAUCUUUGUUGGAAUCAGUGCCUGGCUGUUGAUGCCGCCUCCUCCCGAUCAGAUCAAGGACCUGAAGCACUGGGUAUUUUCCAAAGAAGAGCUUGAAGUGGCCAUUAAGCGUCUUAAGACCUAUAACAAAGCCGGUGCAGGCUUCGAUAAGCGUCAGAUGCUAGCUGCAUUCAAGGACCCCAAGGUUUACUGCUGCUCACUUAUGAAUGCUGGUAUAGCUCUUGGACUCGCCUCCAUCAGUGCUUUUCUACCAAGUUUUGUCCAGCAGUUCGGCUUUUCUCCCACCCGAACCCAGCUCUUUUCUAUUAUUCCGUAUGCGUGUGCAUUCGUCACUCUUCUCAUUGUCAAUUUUACAUCCGAUCGCACGGGCAUCAAGGGGCCACUUUUAAUGUUCUGCUUUGCUCUUUCGAUUGCUGGGUAUAUCAUUCUCAUGGUGGUAGACAACGUCAAAGUCAAGAUCUUUGGGACUUGCCUUAUCACCAUGGGUGUCUUCCCGUGUGUUACUCUUCUCGGAGCCUGGACAGCCAUAAACGUGGGUGGAUUCACGAAGCGUGCAAUGACAUGGGGAAUCGCGGAAGUUGUUGGUCAGUGUUUUGCCAUUAUGGCUUCUCACAUCUACACUGACCCUCCACGGUAUCUGAAGGGUCAUUCCAUUUGUUUGGCCUUUCAGGCCUUGGGAUUCAUUGCUGCCUUGGUUAUGUGGUUCAACAUGCGCCAUCUGAAUGGCAAGAAGGAAGAAGAGGCCGCUCGUCACCAAGCAGCUGGUACCGUUCACCCAAUGAGCCACCAGUCACUUGAAGAGGUUUAUGACUAUCACCCUGACUUCCGAUACAUUUUGUAA